GAUAUGAGCGGCAGACCCGACCUAGUGUAGCCGAGUAGGCUACGUGCCAUAAAUAAUAUCAAGUCUGAACUGUCUCAACCGAGUCAGAGAAAAUUGUAUUUGGUGUCGGCUGUUAACCUCCAGUGAUUCUCUUGGGAAUAACAGACCAAGGCUGAAUUAUUCCGAGCAGGGAGCUAGCUGCGUAAGGUAGGCUAAAGCAGCACAGGGAGGGGCAAGAGAGCGGUAGAGACGGGCGCACAAACUAAUUUGGCCACGUCUGUUCUCAUAACCAGCGCUCUACAAGCUGAAAGCCGUUCUGCAAGAGAUGUUUGGUCUGUCUUUGUCGUAGGGUUUACUCAUAAUUCCGAGGAGCGGUAAGAGGAUUCGAUUUUUACACCCUUGGCGCUGUGCUUUUGAUGGCGUUCUUGCAGAGGACUGGAGACUACUGCCACGCUCAACAUCCCAGAGCAUAGGCUGAUCCAGGGGAGGAUGCCCACUGCUCUGCCUUCUCCGCCUAAUACCCUGCACUGAUCCCUGGGUACCAACGCAUCGAGGGCUCCCUGCCUCCCAGGACUCUCCACACCCUAGGUCUGUCACUAUAAGACCCUCUCUCAGGAACCCUAAUGGGAUGAUUGGACUAACUAUUCCACGACUCUUCAGUGAAAGCCCAAGACCUCAUCUAAACCAACCACAGUGACCCUCCCAAGGAUCCACCAACCCGGGGACAGACUUGUAUUUUUUAUCGUCUUAAAGGAGGGACAGGACUGAGAACGUCUGCAGGAGUUUAGCCCACCAGCGACCGUGGCCACCGUGGACGACCAGUUUGUGGUCCCCUUGCGUCCCUGUCCGUGUUGCGUUCGCCCCCCCAGCUGGGUAAGGGUUGUCAACAUGGCCCGUAUGAACCGUCCGGCGCCGGCUGAGGUGUGCUACAAGAACAUGCGGCUGCUCAUCACGCACAACCCCACCAACUCCACCCUCAACAGCUUCAUCGAGGACCUUAAGAAGUACGGAGCCACGACGGUAGUGAGAGUGUGUGAGGUCACCUAUGAUAAGGCUCCAUUGGAGAAGGAUGGCAUCACCGUGGUGGACUGGCAGUUUGACGACGGUGCGCCCCCUCCCUCUAAGGUGGUGGAGGACUGGCUGAGUCUGCUACGGUCUCGUUUCCUGGAAGACCCGGGAUGCUGCGUUGCCGUGCACUGUGUGGCUGGACUGGGCAGAGCCCCGGUGCUGGUGGCGUUGGCACUGAUCGAGAGUGGGAUGAAGUAUGAGGAUGCCAUCCAGUUUAUCAGACAGAAGCGCAGAGGGGCGAUCAACAGCAAGCAGCUGACCUACCUGGAGAAGUACCGCCCCAAACAGAGACUGCGCUACAAAGACCCACACAUCUUCAAGAACAAGUGCUGCAUCAUGUGACCCCCAUUUCCACCCUCAGCCAAUCAACUGCCUGCCACCUGAUCGAUCUGACCCGAAUGGAUAACGACGAUGGACGAGUCCACAGCCAAUGCACUUUGUGACUGAACUAUGAGAACUAUGAAUCAUGGAGUGAGCUAAGCAGCUCCACCAGGGGAAGGGUGUGAUGAGUCUCCCUGGUGCCUAAAGAUGGCUCUUACUGAGGGGGCCAAUGGAUCAAGUCCUCCUUGAAUCUGACUUUUUAUCCAAGAGCCAGCCGGAGGUAGCUUGGAAUGGAUGGUGGAUGUGGCACAGGACGUUGACACUCGCCACAUUGAACUCCGUCAUCACCAUGGGGUUGUGCCUCGCUGCAAAUGAUUUGACUUGCAGUUGACUUUGUCAUUGUACCUCCAACGCCCCCUUGCUACCAAAUGGUGGUAACGCCUCAAAUCAUUGUCUGAAAGAGAGACAGCUUUAGCUGUAUGAAUAUGAAACCAAUGUGAAUCAUGAGGGAGUGGGAAUGUUUGUGCCUGGUUGCCCUUUCUCUCCCUGCCUACAGCAGGGGGACUGAGCUGUUUUCUGUUCACUCCUUGUUCCAAGGUUAAUGCUAUCCGGAAUCCUUGGGCCAUCCUUAACCCUUACCUAACCCCAACCAUAACCCUUACCUAACCCCAACACCAUCCUUAACCCUUACCUAACCCCAACACCAUCCUUAACCCUUACCUAACCCCAACACCAUCCUUAACCCUUACCUAACCCCAACACCAUCCUUAACCCUUACCUAACACCAACACCAUCCUUAACCCUUACCUAACCCCAACCCCAACACCAUCCUUAACCCUUACCUAACCCCAACCAUAACCUUUAGCAUUUUACAUUUAAACUUGAAUAGAGAGAAAUAGUAAUGGCGUCUUUUUGUAGCCACUAACUCUGCCGUGGUUCGUUGGACAAAGCCUAUGGGGAAAUUAAUGCCAUUUUGUUGGGUUUUUGGAUUUGGAUUUUGAAGCAUUUAUGUAAUCCAAAAUGCGCAUAAAGGCUUCAUCUAUAAAGGUCAUGUUAACUGACUGAUAUUAUCUCAUAGAACAAAACAUAAAAUCUCCUAAACCUGUGUUAACCUUGACCUUAUUUUAGGCUUUUAUCUCAAAACCUUAUUCUUUCCCCAUUUUAUUUUCCACAUAGGCUAUGGCUGAACGAACCUAAGGUAGCUCAUUUCAUGGACGUCCCAAGGAUACUGGAUAGCAAAGACCCUUGUUCCAAUGCCCUGAUAAUGUGCUUACUGUAAUAUAUUUUUGUCAUGAUGCUUCUUUCUAGCUUUAAUAUUCAGUGGUCUUGCAGAUGAGGACAGGUGGGAAGGUUAUAGGAAUAAGGUGGGGUGCACUUGGAUAAUAACCAACAGUUUUAUUUGUACUGUACCUACACUAUGUAAUUGAUGUUAGGACAGGUAUGACUAUUCACUUACACUGGCUCAUGUGGCAAAUGGGUGUAUGGGACAAAUUAGGGUGACGUUGCCCCUAGACGCUGAUCUUGGGUCAGUUUAGCAUUUUCCCCACUAAUGGUUAAGGUUAGGAUUGGUUGAGGGUAAGCUGAUCCCAGAGCUGUACCUAAGGGACACACCACCCCAGAGCGUAUGGGACACUGUGAGUGGAGCACACUUGGGUGGCUCUAUGUUCAUAUCCUGUACUGAAACGUGGCCCUCUUUCUCUCUGCACCAUGCUUUUUGUUACAUGGAGGCUGUUUGCUGAAUCUACCCACAUGGAGUAAAAUGUUGUUGAAGUUUAGGGUCACAGUGGCCUUUCGAGGGCCCUUUGAUUUAACCCACCCGCCCCCAUCUGCAUAGCUGGUUAGGCCUACACAAAAUGAAUUGUUGUUUUCUAGUUACUAGCCCAGUUUCUCUGAUAUCAGGUCAACUCUUGUACAGGUGUAGUUAGUUUACACCUCACCAGACAGACACACAGCCUUGUCUCUGUUCUCAGCAUUGAAAGUCGCCUUCUUCUGUCAGCCUUUGAAGAAACCACCUUCAGUUGUAUAGAAAUAAUAAAAUAUUUCAGUCAUCCACUGUC